UAUGAUUCCAUAUCAACCAUACCAUUCCCCUGUGACCGUGAACAUAUGUCACUUUGGCCUAAUUACAUAAUACUCACACAAUAUGAAUUUUUUUUUUUUGGGAGAGAGGAAUAUGGAUUUUCGUUUUUCCUUUGUAGCUUAUUCUUUAUGCGUGUUGUGCCCGAAUAGAUAUACUAAAAAAAAAGGAAAAGGUGUUCCUAAGUGCCCAUUCGAUCAUGAAACGUACUGAAGUAGGUCUCUAGUUAUAUAUUAUGGAUUCUUCUGUCAUCAGUCAUCAUAAUGCUUUUUAGUGCUCAAAUAUUUAAUCUAUGAAGAGAGUUUUUGCAUGCUGAUAAAAUGUUCUCUGUUUCUUCCUUUUACACAUUUUUGGCUACCAAUCCAAUACUUUCAUUUAUUAAUCCACUAGUUUAGUGAAUAAAAAUCUCAAGUUUUUAGAAUUUGAUGGUCUUUGUUUUGUUCUUUUUUCUCUAUAAGCUCAUUGAAUUUCAGGAAAAAAUAAAAUAAAAUCGUAUAUAAUCAUUAUCAUCAUAUUGUGGUAAUAAAGUUUACAUCUUUCUCACGCAAAAGAUCAAGCACAAAAACAAGAUAAUACGUAUAUAAAUAUGUUUCUGUUAUGAUGCAAAAAGAGCGUUGGUUCCUGGCCUAAUGCGUGCAGUAUCAGAAUAUCAGUAAAUAUAAGAAAAAACUAAAGAGGUUGAAUAACAGAAAGUUGGAAUAAUAUUGUCUGCAUUCUCCAUUCUCUUAUUUAUAUUUUUUCACCAAAAAAAAGAAACUAUCAAUCUUACCAGUACGAAUCGAAAUCACAUUCUCUUGCUCAUUCUCUCUAAAAGCUUGUUAGGAUAUAAAGUAUCCGAAUAUAUUUGUGUUGGUGUAAUAGAGUAUUGCAGUUGCAGCUAUGGCGAAGGCGGUGACUUCCUUCGUCGCCGGUUGCAGGCGAUUCCAGCCUCACAUUCUUAUGGUUUUAGCACAGAUUGGCUACACCUUUCUGUACUUCAUCACACAGGCUUCAUUCAACCAUGGAAUGAAUCCUCAUGUCUACAUAACUUACAGACACAUAGUUGCUGGAUUGGUGAUCCUGCCCUUUGCCUACUUUCUUGAGAAAAAAAUAAGACCAAAGUUGACAGUAGCUCUGUUCCUGGAGAUCUUUGUUCUUUCUCUUCUGGGAGUCGGUUUGACCCUGAACAUGUAUUUUGCAAGCUUGAAGCUUACAAAUCCUUCAUUUCUUGCAUCAGUGGUCAACACCAUAGCUUCCCUGACUUUUGUGAUUGCAAUCAUACUCAGGCUUGAGGUCAUUGAUCUGCAUAAUCCUCGGGGAAUAGCAAAAGUCCUGGGGACAUUGGUUUCUUUGGCUGGUGUCAUGACCAUGACAUUAUACAAGGGACCUAUACUGAAGAAUCCUCCAUGGCAUCCAAUUGUCAAUCUGAAAGGCAAUUCUGAAAUCCAAGAAGACUGGGUGAUAGGAUCAAUUUUAACUGUAGCAAGCUGCAUAACCUUGUCCAUAUGGUACAUAAUGCAGGCUUACACCCUGAAAAGAUAUCCAGCACAGUUGUCCCUGACAACAUGGAUGAAUUUUGUUGGCGCAGCACAAUCAGCAGUUUAUACAGUUAUUGUGCAACAUAAAAGAGCUGCUUGGACCAUUGGUUUCGACAUUGAUUUUUGGUCUACCAUAUAUGGAGGAGUAGUAAUUUCUGGUAUAGUGAUCUUCAUUCAACUCUGGUGCACUGAACAAAAAGGACCAGUUUUCGUCACAAUGUUUAAUCCACUAUCUACUUUGUUGGUGGCAAUCUUGGCCUAUUUUGCUCUUGGAGAAAAGCUAUAUGCAGGAAGCAUUGUAGGCGGGGUUGUCAUCAUUUUAGGCCUUUACCUGCUCUUGUGGGGUAAAGAAGCCGAUCAAAAGGCACAAAUUAAUCCGAAUGAGGAAGGCAUCCAACAGCAGGCAGAGGAGAUGAAGAAACCAAACAUCACUGCUGAUUUAGAUUUCCAGAAGGGAGAACCAUGAGUUUAGAUCUGAAAGAUACCGUUGAUCAUAUUGCCACUUUGUGCAAAGAGUAACAGAAGAUCACAUUAAACGAGAAAAGAUCCAUGCUUGAAAAGAGAAGAAAAUCCGCUUGCAGUGAAUACACUAAGUAUAAACUUUCAAAUUUCCUUCCAAUGUUACAAAGAGACUAGCAGCAGUUUUGCAGUACUAUUGAACUCAUCUUGACGUUUUGUUAUCUUUCUGUCUCUUCAUGGUUCUUAAUAUUGUCUAGUCACACAUAAUCCACAAGAAUAACAGUUAUAAUUCUUUGGACAUGACUGCUAUAAUUUUUUCCGUUUAGAUAUUCCAACAUUUCUAAUUUCAACAACAAAAAUCAACAGCAACAAAAGUGAAUGCUGCACUUCCAGAAGCUAAAACUGGAAAAGAUACAAACUUCAUUCCAUAAAAUUCUUAAUAACUUUCCGGUACAUUUUCAUAAGACAAUGAACUUCCAUUACGGUACGGAUCUAACUGGAAAUGAUACCAAAAAUUCCGUCCGAUUAAAUUGUUAAUAACUAUCCGCUACAUUUCCAAAUGACACGGAAACUCCCAAUUAUGGAAUGGAUCUAACUUGAAAAGAGAAGUAAGAAUGUCACCAUUGUAUUUACAAAAUUAGGGCAUAGGACAUUCCUGAAUACCAAAAAAGGUCGUCCUAAGCUUUCCAGAUCUCGUCUUGCAAGAGCUAUAUUAAGCUGCAGGAGACCACAACUCAUGAUCCUGAGAAGGCUGAGAUGCAUCACGAGAUGGUGGUUGCAGAUACUGAUACAUUGGAACAAAACCGUAUCCAGGAUAAACAGCCAUCUUGUUCAUUCCAGCUUGAUAAGCAGCAGGAUGAGGUGCCAUGAAACCGGGAGUGGGAAGUGGAACCGUUGGGACGGACAUGGCUUUCAACUGCUGCUCCAUCUUAUCCUUUUCUGCCUUCAGCAUAAGUUUCUCUUCACGGAGUUCAUUCUUGUCAGCCUAAUUAAAAGAUGAAGAUGCAAAAAUGUCAUUACAUAACUGACAACUUCUUUUCAAAAGACAUAUUGGUAAUAGGGGUAGUUCAUGUCUCUUUGGUUCAUCAAUAGUCCUUUCAACCCAGGGUUUGACAAGUUUCAUGAAUAUUACACGUGCAGUCACACUAGAAAGAAUUGUACAACUCCAAACAGAUAUAAUAGUUUUUUCUCUUAGUAAGUUAAACAUAAAUCACUGACGGAUCAUCUUGCAAGCUCAUGAAUGGCACAAGAGAACAAAUAAAUGGGUGCAGCAGCAGUACUACUUGCAAAAAAAAAAAAAUGGAAAAAAAAAAGACAGUUUUUCUACAAUCAUGAGCUGACCUUCAAAGUUUCAAUCUCUUCAGCUAACUUUUCAUUCAACUCUUUGUACUCUUGAGCUUCAGAUUUUAGCUGGCUCACCACUCGUAUAGCAUCUCCCAGUAUAGCUAACUUGUCCGUUUUUACAGGCCUCCCAGGUUCCAAAGUAGAGCACAACUCAGCAAAUCU